AUGGCGGCUCGGCGGCUGGCCGGCGCGGGCCGCGCGGUGCUCUCGCUGCCCAGCGUGCGGCGGCGGGCGACCAACUCCUGGGCCGCCGUCCGCGACACCUUCUUCUCCACCAAGGAAGUGUUCGAGAGCCACCGCGUCGUCUUCACCAUCGGCACCUCCAUCGCCUCCGUCCUCACGGCCUGGGCCGGUUAUUCUCUUCGUCAUAUGCAGCAAACAAAGAUCGACAAGAGGCUCCAUUCCAUUGAGGAAUCUUUGAGGAACACCCACAAAGUUGAACAUGAUGAGAUCAAAAAGAUUGUUACCUCCUAUAACAUUAGCACUUCAGCUUGUAUAGCCACUGCAUUGACAACUACGGUUGUUGGAUACGCCCUGGGGUGGCGCGGCGGAGCUUGGUACACCCGGAGGAUCGUCCGGAGGGAGCAGCAGAAGCUGAUGGGCCAGAUAAAGUCGCAGAACCGGUGGCACUGGCGCCCCUUCAGCAAGCUCAGAAGCAGGUUCAGGAGCAACCGGCACGCCUCCAAGAGCUCUGACGCCCCGCCACUUCCCGGCAAGGAUGCCGAGGCUCCCUCGGUUAGCGGGGUGUCUGUCAACAAGGCUCAGGGCACCGAGGCCCUUUCGAACAACGCGGCCUCUGCGAACGUCAGCAGCGGCUCUCGGCCAGCAGCAGCGGCGGCGGCAGGCUGCAGAUGA